AUGCCGGGGAGAACACCUCGACUCAAGCUCUCCCCUCACUUAAAGAACAUCUUACUGGUCUUCUUCCUUCUAUUUCCCACCGUCAAAGCAAGCUGUGAAUGCGGCUUUGUUAUCAACGAUACCCAAGACUAUUACACGCACCUUAUCCAUAACAACUUCAGCGCUUUCUCGCCGACGAAACCACUUAGCACGAAUCCUAAAUUCACGCGAGACUGGGCGAUCCAGAAAUGGGGGCUACCUGUCAUGAACUGGGCGACCCCGCUGCCGAUACUCAACCGUCCUGAGAAUGUGUACCUUGAGGACGGACACCUGACGCUGCGGCAGGAAGGAUACCCCAAGGAGUCUGUACUGUCAGCGGAAAUUGUCAGCGUGGCGUCCAUCGCGAGUCGCGCGUCGAAUAUCCUUCAUGGAAGCUUCAGGGCGAAUAUGGUAAUGGAAAACGCCUCGGGUGGGAGCGUGGCUGGAUUCUUCUGGUAUCAUGUUUGUAUUCCUUCUAUAAAACUGGAGAUACUUUAUAAUAGUGCUGACCAACUUGUUUGUAAACAGGAUGAUAAAAAUGAAAUUGAUAUUGAGAUUUUGACGAGAGAGUUCAAGCAAGAUUCUAUGUUGGUUCACUACACGACUCAUCCAGCGUUGGAUGAUAGAGGGUGGCUCAUCAGCAACGCAACGGAGAUUAUCUCGUUGAAUGGGGAUCGGCCGUCCGAGUCAUUUCAGGUUCAUCGCUUUGACUGGACAAAGGAGGAGUUACGGUUUUACCAGAAUGCAGAUGUGGUGCACACAAACACCAUCAGAGUUCCAACGGACGAAGGGAGCGUGUAUCUGAACCUAUGGGCAGAUGGAGGAAUGUGGAGUGGUUCUCCCAGCACGACAGACGUAUAUCUCCGAGUCAAGUAUCUCUCGAUAUACCACAACACCAGCGCAAGCGAGAACGGCACAGACUCUGUCUUCAACCAACGUUGCCAGAAAGCGGGCGGUCUUACAACCGCAACGGUGUGCUACGAUGUGCACAUCAACAGUGGCUUGCAGAUCCCAUCGUCGAAAAGCAAGAGCCUGACACCGCUCCCUCUCUGGGCGUUAUCUAUCUUCUGUCUGGGACUGACCAUCAUCAUGAUUGCGAUGCUUUGA